AUGAAAAUAGUCUACACCAUGCUACUCGUACAGCAAUGUCUAGCUGGCUCAUUCACUGAGAGAGUGGACCAAGAGUUCGAGAAGUUCAAGCAAAAAUACAAUGUUCAGUAUGCACCAAAUGAGGAGAGCUACCGUCGUGAAGUGUUUAGCCGCAAUUUCCAAUGGAUCGAAGAGCAGAAUGCUCGAGGGGACCUGCCUUACGUUCUCGGCGUUACUAGGUUCUGCGACAGGACGAAUGAAGAGUUCACGAGUACGGCUGCGGGCUUGGAGGGCUCAGUAGACGACUUGAAAAGUCAAGGGAUUCUCCAAUCUGCUGCUCAGUCAGUGAAAGAGGCUCCUCCCCAGUCUGUGAACUGGGUAAAGAGGGGGGUGGUUGGUCCCGUGAAGGACCAAGGUGAAUGCGGCUCUUGUGCAUCGUUCGCUACCGCAGGUGCAUUGGAGAGCUAUUAUGCCAUGGCCACAGGCCAUACCAACGACUCUAUAGUGCCACUGUCUGAGCAACAGAUAUUAGACUGCUAUGCUUCAGCAUCUUGCAAUGGUGGCCUGCCUAGCGGAAUUUUCACCUACGUGAAAGACAACGGAAUAACGAGUGAGAAGAACUACCCCUACGAGGCGUCUAAAUCCCGCGACUACAACGAGCCUUGUAAAACUAACCUGCUGGAUAAAGAUGACCUGAUUAUCAAGCCUGGUAUAGUCACGGGUUAUACCACAAUCAAUGGUGGUGACUAUCAAGGUUUACUGUCGGCUGUAGCAUUCCAGGGACCUGUGGCCACUUUGAUCGAUGGAACUACUCCACCGUUCCAGCACUAUAAAUCUGGUGUUAUCACUGGUGUCUGUGAUAAAGUCACUUUACACAUUGUUGUCAUUGUCGGUUAUGGAGAGACUCCAGAAGGCAUCAAGUACUGGCUCAUCAAAAACUCGUGGGGUACGGAGUGGGGCGAAAAUGGAUAUGGUAAAGUUGAGAGAGAUACCGGUGGAUUUGGUAGGCACUAG